AUGCCUCUCUACACUUGUCCCGGUUGCAAGAAGCCCAUCUCCGAAUCCCAGCCUCUGGAUCAUUGCCUCCAAUGCGCCGCCAUGAAUGAAAGGCAGCGCACGCGUAAUCAGACCCGUACAGUGUCCGUCUCCGAGGGCAGCACCGAAGCCCUCGUCGAAUGCACCACCAUCAUCACUGUGAUUCUGCGACGUUCGAGCCAGCAGUACGGCAACGCAAACACCACACCACACUCGCCUGGCUCGCCGCCGACGUACGAAGAUGUCUUUUCGUGCGAGGCAGACACCAAUCCUGGCGGCAGCAGGCCGCAGCAGGAGAUUCACGCAACGCCUCGGCGCGGGACCACCAUCACCAUUCCCAUCCACAUCAAAAGAUCAUAG